AUGAAUACAACAACAGAAACCAUUGAUUUUAAAUAUAAUAUUAUAAAACGAUCAGCUCCAGAUAAUUUUGGUUCACAAUUAAGAGAUUUUUGUAAAGAUUUUCGUCUUUAUGCAAGUAUUAUUCUUGUCAUUGUUGGUAUGAUAGGUUCUUUACUUUCAAUAAAAGUAUUUUCAUCAACAAAAAUUCGACGAAAUUCAUCUAAUGAAUAUCUUAUUACAAUGAGCUUUGUUGUGGCUUUACUAUUAUUUAAUUUCUUUUGUGAUGAAAUACUUCGAUGGAUUGUAAAUGAUUUUAAAGUUGAUUUACCAUUAAACCUUGUUGAUUUAUCUAAGCCACUCUGCAAAUGCUCAACUUAUUUUCGUCAUUCAUUACGUUUUGCUGCUAAUUGGAUCGUUGUUGCAUUUACAUUAGAACGUCUUAUUGUUGUAUAUUUUCCUUUACAAACAUCUGUAUUGUGCAAUCCACGUAGUGCUAGACGAAUAUGUUUAUUUAUACUAAUUAUUGCAUCUUUAUUAACAAUUUAUUCAUUUAUUAUGUCCGAUAUAAGUAAUGAUGGAAAAAAUCAUAUAUAUGAAUGUGAUAUAAUGCAAAAAUUUCAAACAAUUUAUCUUUAUUUAACAAUUAUUUAUGGAAAUUUAACAUUAACAUUUCCUAUAUUGAUUGUUUGUGUCGUAAAUAUAUUAAUUGUUCGACAGUUGUUACAUGCUGCACGUUUACGAAAAAAACAACAACAAUUAAGUCAAACAAAAAAAGUUGAUAGUGCAAAUAAUGAAUAUGUAAAUAUGAUUGUUAAAAAUCAAUUAGAAAAUGAUAAAGUUACAUGGAUGCUUGUUGUUAUAUCAGUAACAUUUGGUAUAUUAAAUUUUCCACAUUUCAUUUUUUGGUUAGUUUUUUGUAUAAUGCGCGUACGCGGUAAAACUCCAUCCGUAUAUAUCGAAUCAGGAAGAAUGGUUGGAGAUGUUUGUUAUUUACUUGGUUAUAGUUUAAAUUUUUUUCUUUAUGUUAUAUCAAGACGAAGUUUUCGUAAAGUUUUAAUUGAAAAAAUGCGAUGGCGUUGUGAUUGCUUUGAACAAUGGCGUUUAAAUGAAAUGCGUCUUGAUGCAGCAAUACGUUCUCACCAAAUGCCAAGACAAAUAAACAUACGAAAUGGAAAUGGAAGUGCGAAUAUACCAAAUCCAGAUGAGCAUCUGUUUGAUAACUUAUCUCGGUAG